CUUGACACUGGUGCUUAGUGGACGCCUAACAAUUGGUAGGCUCAGGAAUAUUUCUUUCGUGUUCUCGUUUCAUUAUCGUGAAAUAUAAAGAUCAAUCGACUGUUUUGAAAAUUGUGAGAAACCUUGUAAGAAGUGCUUCGGGUGUACAAUUUUUUUUUCCAUUUUUUUUGUUACUGUUUUUUCGUUGCUGAAAUGUGCAUCAUGAAACUGUUAUAUGUUGUGGCGAUAUUGCUCCUUUUUGCGGUAUGCACUGCAUUGGGCAAACCCAAUGAUAUGUACUUGAAAAUGCUGUCCAGACAGUCCACCGCUGAGGAUCCUUGCUAUGACGAGGACAAGCCGCGUAGCUGCAUUCCCGAUUUUGUGAAUGCCGCCUACGAUGCCCCCGUCGUGGCGAGCAGCACUUGUGGUGCGAGGCAGCCGCAACGCUACUGUGAGUUCCAGGACGCUCGAGGUGCCGGCUCCGAAAUGAGCUGUCAGUUCUGUGACAGCUCCAAUCCGCAGAGAAGCUUCCCGGCCAGCGCCCUCACCGAUCUGAACAACUCAAAUAAUGUCACCUGCUGGCGUUCCGCUCCAAUCGUGAGCAAUGCGGCGCCCAGCACCGGAGACAAUGUGACCCUCACCCUGUCCCUGGGCAAGAAAUACGAGCUGACCUAUGUGAAUCUGCAAUUCUGCCCGAAGGCCCCCAAGCCCGACUCUCUGGCCAUUUACAAGAGCUCCGACUAUGGCCAGACCUGGCAGCCCUAUCAGUACUACAGCUCCCAGUGUAGACGCGUCUUCAAGCGACCCAAUCGUCUAACCAUCAGCAAGCAUAACGAGCAGGAGGCUCGCUGCAGCGAUACCCAUCGUCAUGGCAACGACGCGUUGGGCGGCAGUUCCGGUCGCAUUGCCUUCAGCACCUUGGAUGGUCGCCCAUCGGCCAGGGAUCUCGACUCGUCGUUCUCCCUGCAGGACUGGGUGACUGCCACGGACAUUAAGGUGGUCUUCCAUCGCCUGCAAUCGCCCAUUACCAUCGAUGCGGCCGCUCAUGCCGCAGAUGUCAAGAGCGGCAAAUACAGCGUCCAGUUGUUGGGCAACAACAUCGAGCAACCACAGUCGGCAUCGGCAUCGGCAUCUGGGUUGGAAUUGGGGUCAAGGCAAGCACAAGGACAAGGACAAGGGCAACCAGCAAUGGAACAGAUAUCGGGUCAACACUAUGCCGUCUCGGAUUUCUCGGUGGGCGGACGCUGCAAGUGCAAUGGACAUGCGUCCAAAUGUGUGCCCGAUGCCAACGGCAUACUGAGCUGCGAGUGUCGCCACAAUACUGCCGGACGUGACUGUGAACGCUGCCGGCCCUUCUACUUCGAUCGGCCCUGGAGACGUGCAACGGCACACGACGCCAAUGAAUGCAAAAAGUGCAACUGCAACGACCACGCCCGUCAAUGUCGCUUCAACAUGGAAGUCUUUCGGCGGUCGCAGGACGUCUCUGGUGGCGUCUGUCAGAACUGUCGACACUCGACCACCGGACGCAACUGCCAGCAAUGCAAGGAGGGCUUCUAUCGGGAUCCCAGCAAGCCGCUAAAUCAUCGCAAGGUCUGCAAAGCCUGCGAAUGCCAUCCCAUUGGCUCAUCUGGCCAGAUAUGCAACAACACGAGCGGUCAAUGUCCGUGCAAGGCCGGCGUCACGGGCCUCACAUGCAACAGAUGCGACCACGGCUAUCAACUGAGUCACUCCCACGUCGCUCCCUGCAUCAAGCAAGUGCCGCGCAUGAAUAACAUGUUGGACACACAGAAUACAGCCCCGGAGCCCAGUGCGGUGCAUGAAUCAGCAGGUGGCGGAGGCGGAGGAGGAGGCGUGGCAGGUGGCGUUAGAGGCGUCGGCAGUUCGGUCGCUCAACAAUACUAUCGCACCGAGAGCGGUAGGGAAUGCGAAAAAUGCAAAAUAAUUACCAAACGGUUAAAUCUCAACAAGUUUUGCAAAAGAGACUACGCAAUAAUGGCCAAAGUGAUUGGUCGCGAAACGAGCAGCGAGGCGGCAAGCAGCGAGCGUUACAAUUACAACAACAACAACAGUCACAAUCGUCGCGCUAUACAACAACAGCGAAAGGAUAUGGACUACGAAAUGGAGGGCAUGCCCCAGCCGCAUCGAGAGAGUCACGCACCAGGGCUGGAGUACGAGUAUCAGGGGGCCUACGGCGGCAGCAGCAACAGCGAUCCGGACUAUCAAAACGACAGCGAAACGGUUCGAUACGACCUGCAAAUACAGGCAGUGUUCAAGCGCAGCAAACCCGACUAUGGAAUGCCGAAUACAAUGCUAAGACCCGGUCCUAUGACUUGGAUCAUACCGCUUAAGAAUCUCGAGUGUCGCUGUCCCAAAAUCAAAGUCAACAGAUCCUAUUUGAUUUUGGGCCGGGACUCGGAAGCGCCGCCCGGCUAUUUGGGCAUCGGUCCACGUUCGAUUGUCAUCGAAUGGAAGGACGAUUGGUAUCGACGCAUGAAGCGUUUCCAGCGCCGAGCGCGAAGCUGCGCGUAGAUGUUUUUAUUGCUUUAUCCAGUACUCGUACUUCCUCUCUCAUGCGCCCUAUCCUUCUCGCUCAAUCAGAAUUUUUUUUCUAAGUGUAUGUCUCUACUUUUAAAAAACUACAGUGUUAAGCAAUAAAGGGCAAGGUUUCUAGUGCCCCGAAUUUAUCAAAUCAAAACGCAUACAAUAUAAUGAAAACUUUAUACACUGCAAGAAUUUUUCAAACAAAAGAGAAAAUUUAAAUAGUUUGCUUGCACAUUCUUUGCAGUGUACUAAGCACAGACUUAAGCAAAGAACAGUUGGCAGAAUUAAUCGAACUGCUGCAGUUUUUACUUCCAUUUCGAUUGUUUUCUGUACCGAGUACAAUAAGUAAACCCAAUUCUGGGUUUUAAAUCUAAAUCUAACUCGAUUCAAGGCAACAACUCUCCGAGUUCUAGUUCAGACAGACAAAUAAUUUGCGCACAACCUUGUAGAGUUUCAAAAGUUUCUGAUGCAUCCAUAUAAAUUUGAUUUGCUGUUCAAUUGUGCAAAUUGUUUGCCCGU